GCCCAAAAAUGAGAGGAAAGUCAAAUGAAGUCAAAACCCCUAAAACUUGAAUUAGGGUUUUUGCUUGCUCAGUUUUUGUAAGCUGUAACGUGAACUAACAAUUGCUCAUCUCCUUCACAAAAUUCGUAUUUUUAAUUAAAAUUUUGAUUCAAAGAAAACCCAUCCUUUACUCUUUUGUCGCCAUGGAUGUAGAAUACCCAGUUAAGGAUUUAGACAAUGAGGCAAGUGAAGAAGGAGAAGAAGAAGAAGAAGAAGAAGAAAUGGGAAACAGAAGCAAAGUGAAAUCUAAGAAAAAAGCAGCUAAGGAACAUAAAAAUCAGUUGCAAAGACUUCAAGCAAAGGAUCCUGAAUUCUAUCAAUAUCUGAAAGAGCAUGAUGAAGAGCUUCUACAAUUUACUGAUGAGGAUAUUGAGGAGGAUGUUGAUACUGAUGUGGAUGAUGCAAAAAUGCAAGUGGAUGAAAAAAUUCGUGGUAAUGAUAUUCCUGAAAAGGAAGAGAAAUCAUCUAAAAAUAUGAUUACUACUGAUAUGGUAGACUCUUGGUGUAAAUCAGUUCGAGAAAAUGGAAAAAUAGGUCCUGUUCGUUCUCUAAUGAAAGCUUUCAGAAUUGCAUGUCACUAUGGUGAUGAUAGUGGGGAUGACCCUUCAAUGAAGUUCACCAUCAUGUCCAGCAGUGUCUUUAAUAAGAUAAUGUCAUUUGUACUUAGUGAAAUGGAUGGCAUUCUUCGCAACUUGUUGGGGCUACCUACUUCUGGUGGUAAGAAAGAAACCAUCAAUGAUUUGAUGAGCACAAGAAAAUGGAAGAAUUACAGCCACCUGGUGAAGUCAUAUCUUGGAAAUGCCUUGCAUGUUCUGAAUCAAAUGACUGACCCAGAUAUGAUAUCUUUUACAAUACGUCGUAUCAAAUAUUCAUCCAUAUUUUUGUCUGGUUUUCCAAAUUUACUACGGAAGUACAUUAAGGUUGUCCUUCACUUUUGGGGUACAGGAGGAGGUGCCCUUCCUGCUAUCUGCUUUCUCUUCCUGAGAGAGCUAUGCAUUCGACUUGGAUCUGACUGUUUAGAUGAAUGCUUCAAAGGGAUAUACAAAGCCUAUGUUUUGAAUUGUCAGUUCAUAAAUGCAACAAAGUUACAACACAUUGAAUUUCUUGGGAAUUGUGUCAUAGAACUUCUUCGUGUGGAUCUUCCAACUGCAUAUCAACAUGCCUUUGUUUUCAUCAGGCAGUUGGGAAUGAUUUUGCGUGAUGCAAUAACUAUGAAAACAAAGGAAUCAUUUCGCAAAGUCUACGAAUGGAAGUUCAUCAACUGCCUUGAGCUUUGGACUGGAGCUGUCUGUGCUCACAGUUCAGAAGCUGAUUUUAGACCUCUUGCUUAUCCAUUGACUCAAAUAAUUUCUGGAGUUGCUCGCCUAGUUCCAACUGCUCGGUAUUUUUCCCUUAGAUUGAGGUGUGUCAGAAUGCUGAAUCGUAUUGCUGCUUCUACUGGUACUUUCAUACCUGUUUCUAUACUCCUUUUGGACAUGCUGGAUAUGAAAGAAUUGAACAGACCUCCUACUGGAGGUGUGGGGAAAGCAGUUGAUUUGCGUACCAUACUAAAGGUGAGCAAGCCUACCCUAAAAACACGAGCAUUUCAGGAGGCAUGUGUAUUUUCUGUGGUUGAAGAGCUUGCAGAACAUUUAGGUCAAUGGAGUUAUUCUGUUGCUUUCUUUGAACUGUCUUUCGUUCCAGCUGUGCGGUUACGUAAUUUUUGCAAAACUACCAAAAUUGAAAGGUUCCGGAAAGAAAUAAGGCAGCUUCUUCGUCAGGUUGAUGCUAAUUCUAAGUUUACCAAUGAAAAGCGUAUGCAGAUAAAUUUUCUACCAAAUGAUCCAGCGGUUACGACUUUUCUUGAGGAUGAGAAAAUGUCAGGAGCCAGCCCUCUGUCACUUUAUGUUACGACUUUGCGCCAGAGAGCACAACAGCGGAACAAUUCAUUGGCGGAAUCCAGUGUUCUUGUGGGUGAACACUCCUCCGAGUUUGGAAAUAAGGUGUCAGAAAUUGAUGAAGAUGAUUCUGAUAAUGAGAAAGGUGCUGCCAUCUUCAGUUCCUCCUGGUUACCAGGAGGUGAAUCCAAGGCCAAAGCUUCUAAGGAGAAAAAGAAAAAGAAAAAGAAAGGGGAGAAGCAAGAAGAGGGACCUUUGGAUGAAGAUGUCGUGGAGGACCUGGUACUUAGUUCUGAUGAAGAUGGAUCUGAUAAUGAUUCUCUUUCUUCUUCCGAAGACGAAGGUGAAAAAUCAGCAUCUCCUAUGCCACAGAACAAGAAGCAGAAUCCUCCUGAAAAUUCGUCAAAAAAGAGAUCUCGUACAAAGAAGUCAAAGAAGAAGUCUUCAGGGAGUCGCUCCCCUUCUGAGGGCAAAGGUGAUAAAGCAAAACCUGUGCCUCCUAAACAGCACAGGAAGAAACCAAAGCCUUAUGGAAAUUUGUCAACGAAGAAUGUACCAUCUGAGGCAAAGAAGAGGAAAAGAACUAAUUGAUGUAUAAGCAAAGUUGAAAAAGAGAAAGAGAAGUAAUUUAAUGAAGAAUUGGAUUGUCAAUUUUGAUGA